CCCGACAUUCGAAGGCGGUCUAUUUUGAAUCCAAAAUGGUGAAACGCUGUUCUUGGGGCACAUGUAACAGCGAUAAUAGGUACAUGCAUAAAGAAUACAUGAAAGGAGUGGAAUUUUUCCCAGUACCAAAGCCUAAAACACGAUUAGACGACACCAAACUUUGGGUAAAGGCAUGCGGAAGAAAGUUUUUUACCGUUGACAAUGUAAACAAACAUACAUAUGUAUGUAGCAAACAUUUUAUUGAUGGUCGCCCUACCGAGUUGCAUCCCUAUCCAUUAAAUGCCAAUUCAAAUAGAGUUAUUUUGAAAGGUAGAAAACGUGCGACAAGAAAGCACAGCUUCACACCAGGAGAUAAACAGACCAAUGCCAAUCUCGGCAAGGAUGGAUUUGUACCACACCCCGUGCCAGAGGCCUCCUUGUUUGUUACCGUCGAAGAGGAAGAAAUCAGUGAAAAAGUCUCAACCCAGCAGCAGCUCACAGAAGUUGAUGACCACUUAUAUGCUAAACCUGUGCAAAUGGUUAAUGUUGCCACCCAGACCAACCCGGACAUAGAGGGAAUGUCAAGCAAUGAGGAAUCCCAGGAUAGGGGGAACACAAAGAGACGCCUUCUGAUGGAAGAUGUAUAUAAAAAUGACAUGUCCUGCAAAUUUUACACAGGUAUAACAUUGGCAGUUUUUACUAUCAUCUUCAAUGUACUUAAGAUUAAGGCAUCCUCAAUGGUGUACUGGAAUAGCACAGAAACAAAUGAGCGACAGGAUUCCAAGACUCCAAGAAGAGGACCUAAACGCUUGCUUUCAUUGAAAGAAGAAUUCACUUUAACCUUGUUGCGACUACGAAGAGGAUUUGACACCAAAUCACUCAGUGAUAUGUUUGCCAUUUCUGAAAGUUCAGUAAGCCGAAUAUUUACUACAUGGAUGUGUCUCAUGAGCAUUGACCUUGGCUUUCUCAUCAAAUGGCCAUCCAAAGAACAGAUCAUGGAAAAUUUGCCCAAAUGCUUUAAACAUUUCAAAAAAACAAGAUGCAUUAUUGACUGCACUGAAUUCUUUGUGCAAAAACCCAGUCUUCCAUCUGCUCAGAGAAUAACAUAUUCAUCUUACAAACACCAUAAUACCUUCAAGUGUUUAGUAGCAAUAACUCCAUCGGGUUCAUUUUGUUUUGUAUCUGAUUUGUACACUGGUAGUAUUUCUGACAAGAAAAUAGUACAAGAAUCUGGCUUUUUGGAUAAUAUCGAGUUUGGUGAUGACAUUAUGGCGGACCGUGGCUUUCUCAUAAGAGGCGAUCUAGCAUUAAAAGGUGCAACACUAAACAUUCCCCCAUUUUCUUUUGGAAGACAGAUGGGUAGCAAUGCCACCACUAAAACGAGAAGGAUUGCUCGAGCUCGAAUUCAUGUAGAACGAGCAAUUGGACGUUUGAAAAACUAUGCAAUUUUGCAAGGUGUUAUGACUCUCCAGAUGAAGCCUUUGUACAGUCAAAUUGUAAAAGUAUGUGCAAUGUUAUGCAACCUUGACUGUCAACUUGUGAAGUAAAUCUUAUGUGUGUAAAUCAGUAUAGCACAUACAUUUGAAUAAUAAAUGACAAAAUAAUUACAAUGCUUUGAUAAUUUCACAUUUUAAUGCUACAUGUAACUGACAUACAGGGAUCUGAUUAGUCCUC